CCGGCGUGCAGCUUGAGGCAAGAUGGAGGAGCCGAGCGACUGAGGGAUGUUGACAAACUAGAGACUGAAUCGGGCCUUAGAUCCUGGGAGCGGCGAUGCGAGAAUUCGGGCAUUUUAUUUUACAAGCAAAAGUAUACAGGAGUGUGCUAUCGAUCUGGCUUUGAAUAAUUUUAGACCUACAUCAUGAGCAUUGUUCACGACAAAUUAGGUAACGAAUUCCUCAGGAACGGUGGGAUGGAACCAAAUUUUUCUUCUGGCAUGAUCAUGUUCAGUCACCUCCCACCAAUCACAAAUUUUUCCAGCCUUGCUGCUCAUUCUGUCACACCAGCUGUACCUCAGGAUUUGAUCCUCAAAAAAGAUCCUGACGCUCCGGCAGAAAAAUACCCAUCAGAAUACGUGCAGCCCAUCUCAGAUGUGAAAGAGAAGAAAUUUUCCGCGCAUGAUGGAUUUUUAUUUUUUAAGAAUAAGCUUCUCGAGGAAGAGGAGAUGGGCAGGGGACAGAACAUCUUGACCCACAACCUAAAUCAUACUGGUGUAUCACAGGUCAGAUAUGAAAAGGAUUACCUCUCUGUUCCAAAACAAGGGUCUGUUAAGAGGGCAAAAAAACAAAAUUCCCAAUCUCAGGAUACAAAACCCAAGCGGAAGCGAAGUGAAACCUCCAAGCCUUCAACAGGUGGAGAUGGUACCAAUCUUUUACAUGGUCCGAAGGUUCACAUAUGUGAGCAUUGCUGUGCCUCCUUUCGUAGUUCUUACCACCUUCGUCGCCAUGUCCUUAUUCAUACUGGUGAACGGCCUUUUCAAUGUAGCCAGUGCAAUAUGUGUUUCAUUCAGAAAUAUCUCCUUCAGAGGCAUGAGAAGAUCCACAGUGGAGAGAAGCCGUUCUGUUGUGAUCAGUGUAAUAUGAGAUUCAUCCAGAAAUAUCACAUGGAAAGACAUAAACGGACGCACAGUGGAGAAAAGCCUUAUCAGUGCCACACUUGCCAACAGUAUUUUUCCAGAACAGAUAGGUUAUUAAAGCACAGGCGUACAUGUGGUGAAAUCCUUGGAAAAAGUGAAAAUGGAAUGGAACCUGGACCAUCCGGUCAAAUUGGAAAUGGAUGUUUCACUUCAACUCAGGGAACGACAGGAGCACGCAAAAAAACAAAAUCUAAAGCUACAUCUCAGGAGACCAAGGACAAGGCAGUCCGUAAAAAGAAUAAAUCUAACAUGUCUGAACUGCAAAGUAGCUUAACCAGCUGCAAAGAUAAAUUGUCUGUGUAUAACAUGCAUGAAUAUGCUGUUGAAUUGCCAAUGGGGUCCUCCAGUAUAAAGUUGGGAAAUGCAAACGAAGAGGAUUUACAAACAAGAGCACCUAAAUUAGUAAUUAAAAAAGUAAAUCGGAAGAGCCCUCAAAGGACAGGUGUGAACAAUGCAGCACAUCUUGUUAUACCUACCACGGAGCUGAUGAGACAAAAGUUAAUGACUAAUAAACAAGGAGCUGUAGAAUUGAACAGCAGCACCAGCAUGGAUAAUAUUGUCUUGUUGCAGAACGCAGGCAAUAAAACAGAACAGGCUAAUAACUGCAACUAUGAUGACGCUAUGCAGUUUUUUAAGAAAAAAAGAUACUUGCAAGCUGCCUCCAAUAACAAUGACUAUGCAGUGAGUAUAGGACAAAUGGCAUCUCAGCAGUCUGUAAUCCAGGCAGCAGUUGCCAGUGUGAUGGAUAAUGAAAACUCGCUUACUUUGCUGGAUUCUUCUCCAAUGAAUGUGGAUGUGAAAGUCUGUCAUGAGAAGUCAGGAAUUCCAGAUGAGGUCCUUCAGAGCCUUUUAGACCAAUAUUCCCACAAACAUGAGGGCCAGCAUGAUGUUGCUUUUGAUAUUGCUGACCAACAUAUACCAAUCCAUUCUUCAGGCGAAAAUCCAGAGAUGCAUGAGGAGGCUGUUUGCCCAGAGUCUCAUCCAUCACGUAGUGACAAAACAGGAAUGCUCCAAGAAUAUUCUAAGUACCUCCAGCAAGCUUUAGAAAGAACAAGUCAAGGCGAUGGGUUUUCACUAACCCCAGGAAUGCAGUUUUGUUCUACUAGUCUUCCAUCAAGUCUACCCAGCCAUAAUUUAUUCCCUGAUAAACAAGCUUAUACCACCCCUGCACUUGAGUGUGGUUUCAGUCCAUCAAUUACCUCAGUGUUGCCAACCACCUCACCAAAGCCACAUUUUGGUUUGUUGGUCGGAAGUUCCCAACCUGGUAUUCACUUUCCCAGUACAGAAACUGCUCAUCAAAGGCUGACACCAUCUCAAGAGCUGGUUGGGCAGUUGGAACAACAAAAGAACUUGGAAGGUAGUCUGAAUCAUCAGGUCUAUCAGAUUGAGAAUUUUGCCCAGGCAUUUGGUUCUCAGUUCAAGUCAGGCGGUAGAGUGCCGAUGACCUUCAGCAGUGGCACCAGUGAAGAAGCAGGCCACCGAAUAAGGACUACAGUUUCUGAAUUCUCAGGGUACACUAAUUUGUUGUCUGAUGCUAAUGAGCCAAUUAGUACGGGAGCCAAGACUCCAACCAGCCAAAGUUACCGGUAAGGUCACAAGAAUGACCAGGCUGGAGGGCCUUGAGUGCUUGAUACCAUGUUUUUAAUCAUGUGUAAGCACAUUGUCAGUCCAAAUGUUUAUAUAUCAGGUUCUGAGAAAGAAAAUGUAAAAUUAAUGAAGCCCUUCCAAUGCAACAUUUUACCAUUUUGUUUGGUGCAUUCAGUCUGUAAUCCUGUUUAGAACAGUUUGUAUUAGGAAUAAAUUUUAAACAGUGGAUAGGCAGAAAUUUAACUAAGUCUCAAUUCUUUUUUUCUCAGUGGAUUGAAAAAUAAUUAGCAAAGUAGCAUGACUUGGAUGGGGUUAAAUGUUUUUGUGGGAUUUGUUUUUUUAAUUCAGCUGUACCAUUAAUGGAAGAAGUGUAGCUGUUAAAACAUCAGGGAAAUACUCAACAUACAAUAUUGAAAAAUAGAGACGUCAUUUCUAUUGAGCUGUGGCUCUUGUUUAUAGUGCAACUCAGGAAACGUGCAGUAAGGGGAGAUUUCUAUUGAAUCAAAUUCCACAAGCUCUAAUUUGAAAGGGGCACAGAACUUUGUUAGAAAAAUUGCAAUGUCCAUCAGCGCAUUCAAGCAUUUGGUCCCUGACAACAGCUUUGAAGCCACAAGGCAUCAGCCUCAUUGACCCAAAAGGAACUAAUAUUUGACCAAUUUCAUUUCAGUAUAGUAAUUUUUAAAAAGUGAAAAAAUUUUAAAAAUUAGGUAGAGCAACACUUUAUUUACCUCAUUCUACAUUUUAAAAGCCGUGAAUAGGCAGGUACCAAUGCAAAUAUCAGUAGUAAAAGUAGCGUGAAUCAGCGUUGCGUAAAUAUAAUAAUUCCUGUUGGAUGCUAUGGUUAAGGUUAGCAAUGUUUACAGGGAAAAAGAUAAUUUUGUUGUUUUAGAAAAUUGUAAAGUACAGGGUGAAAGGAUGAAACCACAGUUCUGUACAGUGAAAUCUGCAAAGUAUAUUGAAAAGUUCAGUAUGCUAGAUCAUAAUGUCCUUUAUACAUUUCAUAGUGUUGCAAAAGCAUAGUGUUAUAAUUCAGAUUUACCCGUCAGUUUGAUAGGUAACCUGUUAAUAUAAUAGCCAUUAAAAGUGUGUGGUAAUUUGCUGCUUUGUUUUGUGUUAUAAGACCUUGGAAAAACAAAAAAAAGGUCACAACAUUCAAAUCUAAUUAAGCCGACAAAUGCCUGUUGGCCCAGUUGUACAUAUUCAGAGUCAUUUUACUUUGAUUCUGUAUUCCAUCCUAAAUUCCUGAGGCCAUAGAUGAUUACAGUACAUAAGCUUCAUUAUUUAUAAUUCAUAAAUAGUUUGUGUAGUUUCAGGAAGUCAUCUUGUAAAGUUGCUUACAAUUAUACUGUAUGUUUGGAGAAUUUUUUUUUACUCUGUUUCAAGGGUCAGUUAGGAAAUCUCCCAUAUCCAGGAAAAAUAUAUGAAAUCCUUGGUAAACUCUGGUUGUGAUUUGUCUGUCAAGAACAUUUCCUCAGGAUUUUAACGUAGAAGAGAUCAGAUGAUGCAUUGAUCAGCAAUUACCUAAGCAACAAUAAUCAUGAUCUGAAGCUUUCUCUAUUUAAUUAUCUCAACAUGAUGAAGAUUACUCUAGGUCUUUCACCACAGUCUGCUCACUGAGCCUAAUUCCAUGACAUUUCACCAUUAAGCAAGUUUAACAAAUGUAGACUGAACAAAUUAUAUAGGUUACCACCGUUUAUAAUUAAGUCAACACCCUACCUACUGAAGGUUUUGCUGAUGAGUUGGCCUAACAUUAUUUGGGCUGGUCUUUUAAAGAACGCAUGAAGGAAGAGUUUUGGCAUGUACCCAGUGUGAUUAAAUGAGAUUUUUAAACUGUUAAAAUUAAAGCAUUGUCGGACUACAAAUUUGCACACACAUUAGGUUUAUAUGAAGGAAGCCCACUUAGAUGAAACCUAUCAUUUUUACAGUGACUUUAUCUUGAACACUCUUAUUGGUAGCCCUUUGCAUUUAUCUUAAAUUCAUGUAUCAUAAUUCUGAAUACAUCUUUCAAUCUACUGUGAAUUAUUGCUUUUUAUUUCUAUAUUUUGAUUUCUGAUAUGUUAUUUAAGUGAUCUUGCAAGGCUUAAGACCAACAUAUAAUCACCUUAUCCUAAAAACACCUUAUGGCACUAUUUAAUGACAACUAAUAAUUGUUCUCCACUUUAAAGCAUUAAUUUUUAAUGUUUGUUCUGAGAUGUUGAUUAGAUCCAAUUUUUAUCUUUAGAAUAUAGCAUAUUCAUUCUUUACACAAUUCUCUGUUGAUUUGUAAACUUCAGUAGUUGCUGCUGUCAGGAUUUGACAGUGCAUCUGCUGAAGCUGAGAGGCAACAUAGAAAAAAAACUAUAAAAGUCCCUGUUUAAUUGAGCAUCGGUCUGGGCAAAGAUUGUAUACACAUUAAAGUUUUCUUUAUCUUCCAUGAAGCUUCAAUCAGAAAAUCUUUCUGACCGGGAUGUUGAGCCUAUUUUACUGUUGUAGUCCAUGAUCUUCAUUUGAAAACCUCAGCUAAAUUCUGAGUAAGUGAAGUAAAGAAGGUGUGGGGGGGAGGGGGGUUGAGUGCCUGUGGGGUAGGUGGGGGGCCGUGGUUUAUUCCACAUUUUUAAUGCAUUUUUAAACUGGAAAAUUUGCAUUUUGAAUUAUUUUGUUUUAUUGACUAAGAAUAAGGAGCUAAGGUUGUUAACACAGUGGUAUAAAAUUAAAUCAUCCUAAAAGAGACUUGGCUAUUUAUUGGAAGAGUAGUCGAUUUUGAAGGUGUUUACAGUACAUUUUGAAUAUACCUGUAACUAAAUCUAUAGUAUUCCAACAGUGUUGAAUGUUUUAAAAUUGAUUGAAAUGUUGUUUUACUUCCUUGCUGUAUGUUAUGUUUGACCAAAGGUCAAACUUGCAUUAUGUAGAAAUUGUGACUUGCAGUAAAACAUACUGUAAAAAGUUUCAUAAGUUGUUUUGGAUGCUUCCCACAUAUUUCAGUUGAACUUUUAUUUUCAUGACUGCACCAGUGUAACAGCUAUAACAAAGCUUUGCAUUUCAAAUGUUAAUGGGUUAAAUGAAAACUUUGAUUGUUUUUAUAUACAAAAAUCAAGAACUGUUACUUCACUAUUUCAAAUCUAAAUUGUAUGCUAGAACAGAAUUCCAUCCCAUGGAUGGGAUGUCUUCCCCUUGCUGAUAUGCACUCAUUGCUGAGUCAAGCUACAGUACUAUAAAUGAGGUGUGUAAGACUGGGGCACUGCAGUCCUGGUUUUGCAAUGAUGUGGUAAACAGGCCAUACAAUGAGCAGUUGUACAAUGACUCAUUGACAGUGAGAAAAAGAAAUCAAUAUAGUUUUCUAUCUUUGUAUGCCCUACAUUGUUGACAUCUUGACAAAAAUAAUUCUUCAUGAAGUUAUUUUAGCAUUGAAACAACACCAUUUAAAAUACAUAAAUAUUUGGUUAGAAUCUAAUGACAUUAAAUCACUUAAAGUUGCAGUUUAUAUUUUCCCUACCAUGAUGCAAAUGGAGAAAACUAAAGUGACCAGAAAUGGUUAACUCCAUUUUGUUACAUGUGCAUCUCUAAAAGUUAAUCUCUAAAAUAACCUAAAUUGAUUUCUUCAUUUAUUCCUUGAAAUGAGUACUUCAAAUUUUAUGCCAAAUGAAAAAUAGCUACAAAUUUGAUUUCUGGUUUGUUUGUUGUUGAAGUGAGCUGAGUGUUCUUUGUACUAUGUACUUUGUAGUUUACAGUAUUUGUUUUAUUUUGACCUCUACUAUUGUCUUCAGCACAGCACGUAACAAAUGAACAAACAAAUUGUCUUCAUUGUUGCACACAUCAUUGCUUUCUAGUUUCGGUCUCCAGUCAUUUCAGUUAUCUGAUUGAAAUUACACACACUAGUUUCUAGACCUUUUGUUUUUUUUCCCACCAGCUUUGAUUAUUACCUGAUUAAAUUUUUAAUGUCUAGUUUUGCCUUGUUUAUUUAAGGACUUUGUGCAUUGAAUCUGGUGCAUAAACUUCACAAUGCCAUAGAGAAUAACAGUUACAAAAUAUUUUCUGAUUAUUUUUAGUGACCAGAAUAUAUUAAUCUUUUGCACUCUGUUUAGACUGCUUUUGUCAGCACAUUCUAAACUAAAUCAGAUACUGUAUAUAACUGCUCAAUUUCUGUAAAAUAUUUUUUAAAUAUGCCUGGAUUAUAUGUUCUUGGCUAAUUGCAAGCUUUCAAUAGGUGAAUUUUCUGACAUUUGAAUACUCAAGACCGAAUACAUUGCAUCAGAAGAACCUUUCUUCUUGCACCUUCAUUUCAUUUUAAUACUAAUGUUUGACACCACAAAACAACUUGGCACACACAAAGGAACUUUUUAGUGUGUGUGUUUAAGGCUAUUAAUCUAUAGUUUGCAUUGAAUUUUUGUAAAAUGUUCAACUGUUAAGAUCAUUUUGAGUUUGGAUUUCAGGAACAUUCAAAUUGCAGUUGUGCUUAAUGAAAGUUGUUAUUUUUGUGCUGUUAUUUUCCCUUCAAUUUAAAACAGUUAUGGCGCUAUUUGAUUAUCAAUAUGGGGAGUAGACCUCCUCUUUUUAAAGCAAUAAAGAAUGUGGCAGAGUGAAUUCCUGAUUCUAACCUGUGUAGAUUGAAUGGAACAAAGUUGAAUGUUCCUACUCAGUUGAUUGUUAUACGCUUAUCAGUAUAGCAGACCAUUGCAGUUUUUUUAAAUCACAGAUUUUAGAAAUGGUUUUCUUUAGUUCUCAUGCUCUAAUAACUCAUCUAUUGUUCUUAAUAUAUUUAUCAUUUUAUUUAGCAAGAUUGUGUCACUUUUCUUUAGUUUAAAGGCAUAUUACAGUGUAAUUUGCUGCUAGUGAUCCAAAUUGGGCUGUAGUGUUAUCUUGAGUGGUGAAAAUCCAGUUAUCAGAAUGAUCGCAAGCAAUAGUUGAUUGUCAGCUGCCCAGUAUUAAAAUUCUUAUAGGUAUUACUAAAAUGAUAACUAUAGCAAUAAGUACAUUAAGAAGAUCAAAUUUAGCAUACAUUAUGUAUCUGGAAAUAACUAUCUCUUCAUAGCUGGCCAAAAAAUUACCCCUUCUAAGUUCAUUUCUUAAGUGUGCACUCAUUUUGGGAAUAAUAUAGAUGAAUUUGGACUUGCAGAUAUUUGACAAAGGCAUUGUCCCGGAGGAAAUCUCUUCCCAAAGCAGCUGCUAAAUUUAUAAAGCAGGUUUUGCAAGAUGAAAUCACCACUGAUGGAAUUAAAUCUGUUAUUUCCACAGUAUUUGAUUCUAAGCAUACUGGUCCAAUUGCCCAGAAAUUAUCCCAAUGGGAGAUGACUGAUCAAUUAUAUUAAUAUUCAAUACAACUGUUAAAAUUUAAAAUGACUUUUUCAAUUAUUGGUUUCAUCUGAAAGAUUCUUUUUGAAUAGAAGACAGUUAAUGCAGUGUUACUUAAAAUAACAUUGUGUUUUCUGCAAGGUCACUGAACAAACUACGUGAACAGCUUCUUAAGUAACCAUGUUAUGUGGAAAGUGAACUUACUUAAGGCUUCAAAAUACCAAGAUGAAAUAUGACUUUGUUUUUAACCAGUGAUUUAAUUCAAUGUGUAAUAUUGUCAGAAUAUGUAUCUCUUUAAAUGUGUGAUAAUUAAAAGGGCUCUGUGGAGCACUGAUCAGAAUUAACCUCCAUUAACAAGAUGAAUUGUUUCAUAAUAUAGGAACUUAUAGAUAAAUGAAUCUGUUGAAAGGGUUGUCAGAGAAUCGUACUCAAAAUUUAAAAAUUAUUUAACACUUUAUCAGAAUGGGUUUGUUCUAGCUAUCUGGAAUGUGAAUUUGAGUAAAAGGCAAUAAAGUGUGGGCGACACAUUCCUUCCUCUUAACUGGUUAUGUUCAUCUCUAGGUUUUAACCUCCUUAUGAAACAGAUGAAUUUUGUUUCUAGAACUGAGAAUUUUUUUUCGAGGUUUAAUUUUAAAUGAAAGGACACUAGAACUUUUUUUUUAAAGUAGAAAACUAGAUGAUACUCCACUUCCUGUAGUAUUUUUAAAUCACAUUCUCACAUGAAAAGCCUUUAAUGUGGGGUUACCUUUGUAGCACUGAAUGCUUCAGCAAAGGAUUCAAUUUUUAAUAUUAUUUUAAUGUUCCAUUAUCUUUUUUUCCAUAUGUAUUUUUCUAGGAAGUCAAGUUCAAGAUUUUAACAUUUUAAUUGUGUAGUUAGUGAUAGUAGAGAAAGAAGGUCAGCAUUCCCUUUCUCACUUUCACAAGCAGUUGAAAACAUUUUGCAGGUUAUGGUGUUAAAAAGAACGCUAAUUCUGAAAGAACUAUGAAAUUUCUAUUAGAUUCCUGAUCUGUUUGCAUUAGGACCAAUAAUAUAAUGAUUUGAAGAAAACCUUAUUAUUUACAUCAUUUUCUGGGUUUAUAAAUUCCAGUUCAACUGGAGGUUUCUUGGCAUGACUAUCUACCUCCAACUCUCCACCUAGUCAAAUCUUCAUUUUGUUUGUUGAAAGAAUUUGUGGGGGAAAAAGCUUGAUUAUUUAUUUUCCUCUUGGGUUACUGUCUGAUUAAUCUUUCAUUCCUGGAAACUUCAGAGCAGUCAUUGAAGAGUUGAUGGUCCUGAUUGCUCUUGAGUCUAGUCAGGAAACCCCUUGGCAAUAUGAAAAUAACAGUAGAGAUAUUGUUAAUUAAUCCAGGUGGAGAUCUAUGCAAUAUUUUUCCAAAUGCACCAUAUUUCGUUCCUACUAAAGAUAUCUCUCAGACUGCAACUUAGAUGCCGUUAGCAAUACCUUGAUCUUUACACAACUGGGUCUGUAUAAAAGCAUGGAUACUAUGCUGAUUUCUUGUGGAGCCACCGAUAAACAUUGUUUAUCAAAAGCCAUUACAGUGUAUGCCUUGUAAAUAUUAUACAUUAAUUAUUAAUACUUUGACCAGAAUUCAGAUAAUGUGAAUGUUCAUAGGUAGAUUUUUUGAAGUGUUGAAACAGCAAUUAUGAAAUUUAUUGACUACUUAUCCUGUUGUUCUCAUGAGGUGUGGACAAGCUGGAGUCAGUGAUUUGUUUACACUGAAACAGGAUUUUUAAGAAACAAAUCAAUUUCACAGUAAAAUUGCAUGCAAAGCAAGACUUUAGUCCAUAUUCUCUUCAAACCAGCAGCAACACAGUACAUUUACAGGACAAAUGAUUUUUAAAUCUCUUAGCUGAAGCAUCUACUCUUAUGGUCUUGUGUAUUUAUCAUCAUCCAGUCUCUGAAUUACUGCAGGAACAUCGCACUGGCCUAUACUAUUCCAGCUGUAGAAUCCUCACAGUGCACACAGUAUCCCAGCCAGAGAGCCACUGCACCAGUUACUGCAUUCCCUUGUACUGUCUCGACUUUUAAUAAAAGUUGACAAUUGCAUCAGGAACUCAGUCACAAAAUAAUAUCAUUGCACUCUCCUCGAUUCACCCAGGAAUAGCUGAAGAUGCCUCUUGCAUGGCACAUCAAAUCAUAUCUUUUUUAAAGACUCAGUAAAUGGGCAAGCUUAGAUUUUUAAAAUAAUUUCACAAAUUGCAGUAAAAGGGAGUAGAGCUUGUUAUUUUUGCACAUGACUUAUUCUCAACCUGUGUUUUAGAAGUAAAACUAUGUCAUAGACAUAAGUGAGGGGAGCUGAAGAGGUGAGGGUUCUCUAAUGGUGUACCUAGAAAGCAUGUCACAAAAUAAGAGAUUUAAAGCCACAUUUGCAGCGAUCAAAGCACCAAAAUCAGUUGCAAAAUUUUUGAACCAGGAACGUCUGUUGUCUAUUUAAACCAUUAGCCUUAUAUAUUAACAUACCACAUUUACCUCACAAUAACAGUUUUGUAGAAAGUGUUUAAUUGUGCAUUUUUUUACAAGUUUGUAAGGAAACUGUUUACUUCCACUCAUUAUGUGAAAUAUAUUUGUAUUAUGCAAGGACCCUUCUGUUACCAUUGAGCAGUGUAUCUUAUUUACUUCACACUUGAUUGAAAUUAUGUAAUGGAUUAUGUCUUCUACCUUUUUUCCUGUUUGUAUAGAUCAUGAGAUAUUUCAUGUGAACUCUUAAUGGUCAAUUUAGUGUGUGUGGUGCACCAUUUAUGACAUCAAUAAAAUGUUCCUGCCAACCUA